AUGAUUGACCGGAUCUUGUACAUGCAGUGUGACUUGUCCUCUGUUCCCUUGGAGUGCAGCACAGCAGUUCUGAUUUUCUUUCCAGCAACAGUGACUCCUACAUCUGGUCACUACCAUGUCCCCUACCGAAGGCAGGGAGAAACCCGAGUGGGCUGGCAUGGGGAGACAUACUGCCUGGUCGCUGGCUACCGGUGCUAUGGGGAUGCUCCUUUGGCCACCCCAGCAAAGGUGGAGGAAGAGAAGCCAGUCCCCAGACGAGCACUCAAGCGACGUCACCCUGUGGAAGAGUUGAAUGAAGACCUUGGUUGCUCCAGCCCCAAAAUUCAACGACUGGAGCAUGGUGGCUGGAGGCUGACCCCACUGAAGCUUGCUGGCUGAGGCACUCUGCAGGGAGGACAAGCAUUUAAUGGCCUAAGGCAGCUAAUGCCUCUUCCUUCAGUGACCCCCACUGGCGAUUACAACCUGAGCCAUUCUGUCUGUGCCUUCCUCAGCCAGGAGCCUCCUUCUAAACAGACAUGGACAAGAAGCCUUAGAAACUGAGGUUUCAAAUGGGAGUCUGCUCUAAACAUCCCAGGGCUAAAGCUGGCCUGGCAGAAAACCUGAUGGUCCUCUGCUCAACCCUCUAGAGUCCCUUCUUGGGCAGAAGAGAAGUCUACACUCUGUGAGCCCAGUAAGAUCCAGGAGCAGAGAGGAUGCAGAGUGGCCUUAGCAAGGCCCCACCUUGUCUACCAGAUGGACUUCUGCCCUGAGUCAUUGCCAGCGGCUAUCAACACAAACAGAGGCUUCUUAAAACUGAAAGAAGCAGUGUGUAGUACCCCAGGGAGCCCUCGGUCUGGGGUCUCAGGAGCAGAAUAGGGAGACUUAGGAAGUCCUGCUCCCUGAAAAGUCUCUAGCAGCAACCCUUAUCCCCCAGGGCUCACCUGCUUUUUUAUUCCCAGCUUAUCUGUCCUCAGUGGG